GCUCGGGCCCGCAGUGCGAGCGGCGAGAGCGCACGGAGACGCGACGCGGUGCCGAGGGGAGCGAGCCGGCGCCUCAGUCUCCUUCCUCUCCCUUGCCCUCGUCUCGCCGCCCUGUCCUGCCCGCAGCCGGACCGGAACUAUGUGAUCCGGAAGUUCCGGUGCCAUUGCUGUGUGGGAUAAACAGUAAUGGCGGAGGCUGCAGCUCCCGGAACAACAGCCAAACCAUCAGGAGCAGGAGCGGCAGCGGCGGCGGUGGCAGCGGGCUCCCCCACCCCUAUCCCCACAGUCACCUCCCCGUCCGCGGGGGCGGGGGGCGGGGGAGGCGUCGGCGGCGGCUGGACGAAACAGGUCACCUGCAGGUAUUUCAUGCACGGGGUGUGUAAGGAAGGAGAUAACUGCCGCUACUCGCACGACCUCUCCGACAGCCCGUACGGGGUGGUGUGCAAGUAUUUCCAGCGAGGGUACUGUAUUUACGGAGACCGCUGCAGAUAUGAACACAGCAAGCCACUGAAACAGGAAGAAGCGACCACUGCAGAUCUCACUGCGAAAUUGUCCCUUGCUGCAUCCUCCAGUCUCUCAUCAGUAGUGGGGCCGGCUGUUGAAAUGAACCCGGGCGAGGCUGAGUCAAGAAGUCCGAACUUUGCCACUGUAGGAGCAGGUUCAGAAGACUGGGUGAACGCCAUUGAGUUCGUUCCCGGGCAGCCCUACUGUGGCCGUACUGCCCCUUCUUGCACUGAGGCGCCCCCGCAGGGCUCAGUGACCGAGGAGGACUCGGAGAAGGAGAAGGAGCCGCCAGCCGGGCACACGGAGCAGCAGCUGUGCCCCUACGCAGCAGUCGGAGAGUGCCGCUACGGCGAGAACUGUGUGUAUCUCCAUGGAGACCCCUGUGACCUGUGUGGGCUGCAGGCCCUCCACCCCGUGGACGCGGCCCAGAGGUCACAGCACAUAAAAUCUUGCAUCGAGGCCCAUGAGAAGGACAUGGAGCUCUCGUUCGCCGUGCAGCGCAGCAAGGACAAGGUGUGUGGCAUCUGCAUGGAGGUGGUCUACGAGAAAGCCAACCCCAGCGAGCGCCGCUUCGGCAUCCUCUCCAACUGCAACCACACCUACUGUCUCAAGUGCAUCCGCAAGUGGAGGAGCGCUAAGCAAUUUGAGAGCAAGAUCAUAAAGUCCUGCCCCGAAUGCCGGAUCACAUCUAACUUUGUCAUUCCAAGUGAGUACUGGGUGGAGGAGAAAGAAGAGAAGCAGAAACUCAUUCAGAAAUACAAGGAGGCAAUGAGCAACAAGGCGUGCAGGUAUUUUGAUGAAGGACGUGGGAGCUGCCCAUUUGGAGGGAACUGUUUUUACAAGCAUGCGUACCCUGAUGGCCGUAGAGAGGAGCCACAGAGACAGAAAGUGGGAACAUCAAGCAGAUACCGGGCCCAACGAAGGAACCACUUCUGGGAGCUCAUUGAGGAAAGAGAGAACAGCAACCCCUUUGACCACGAUGAAGAAGAGGUUGUCACCUUUGAGCUGGGCGAGAUGUUGCUUAUGCUUUUGGCUGCAGGUGGGGACGACGACCUGACAGACUCUGAAGACGAGUGGGACUUGUUUCAGGAUGAGCUGGAAGACUUUUAUGACUCGGACCUAUAGCAGCGGUGUGCGGCACGGAGGGGCCCGCCGAGCCCCGGCCGGGCAGCGGGGCGGGGCCCGCGGUUCUCUCCCGGGUGGGCCGAGCCACUCCAGGUGCUGUCGGAGUAACUUCCACCCAGGGCCUGUCUUCUCGACCCCUCACCUUUCCCCAAGGAGUAUGUUGUUUUCUCUGGUUAAAAAAGUUACAAAAAUAAACCUUCAAGUUAGUUCUUUUUCCAUAACAUGAAUUUAACUGUCAGACAGCGUAGGUUUGUCGCAUCUGUUUUCGGUCAGAUUCACGCAGCCGGAGGGCACUGUCGGUGGACCUGCCCGCACUCACUCCCAGGACCCCGGGUUCGGAAGUCACACCGUUGGCCCUACUCUGGUGUCCGAGAAUAGGGGUGACGGGUGAAGGAUCUGGACUGCGGCGAGCGGCCUUCGGCCACAGGCUGAGAAGGCAGAUACUUGAGGCUUCCGGUGAAAUCUCCCACCUGUGUUUUGAUGUCUGUUCCCUUCCCUGCGGCUCCCCCCCACCCCCGCCCGCCCCGUGCACUUGUUCUGUGGUUUGGGUCUCUGGUUUAAUUGCACACAAGUAAUAAACUACUGGGUAACCAUAACCAGGUGUGAAUGUGUUUCGAGAUUUUUUUUACUGUGUUUACGCUAUGCUAGGAAAAUCAGUGAGGACACGUAAAAGAAAUGCAGAUUUGGAAGUUGUCUCCUGGGAGCCGGCCGACUCGGCACGUGUGCAAGCGAGCGUGUGGCCGGCCGGUCAUCCCUGCGUAGGCGCGGUGUUCUUGGCCCUCUGGACAGCAAGGAAGCCUGCUGUGGCGGCUCUGGCCCGGCGCGGUGCGGUGCACAGCAGCGUGUCUGGCUGUCGGGAGGGCAGUGCUGGCCUUGUCUGGCUGUGAGUAAGGGGGCUCGGCCACAGAGGUCAGAACGGCCCGGUUGUCCCACCUGUUAACGCACACUGGGUCCGGGACACACGGGUGUGUUCAACGCUUACGCCUUUCCGGUACAGGCACUUUCUGACGAACCUUUGUCCCCGUUCGGGGAGUUUUGUUGUGGGUUUUUGUGUUUGUUUUGUGGGUAUUGACCUCAUUCCAUCCUUGUGUUUGGCAGGUAGACAGAUGAGAUUCCAGACUAUGUUUUAAGGUGUUUCUUGUAGUGGAGUCAUUGGUUUGCAGUCAUAAGUCGUGCUUUUCCGCUAGAAGUGGGGGGCGGUAACCCACGAGACGAGCUGAAUCGUUACAAUUCCUUGAUUGGGAAAUUUAGCUUGCCUCGGGUUGCUCUGUGCCCUGGACAUCACCUGGAGGUGCUCCUGAGCUGUCCCAGCUACUGCUCCGGUUCCUUGGGGCCCACCCACUCUUUUACCUUAAGAGAAAACAAGUCAUUGUUAACAGUUGUCUCUGAAUUUUACAGCUGCCCUUUUGUAAGAAGCACUUUUCCCAAAUAAAACAAUUUUAAAAACC